UGGACAACUCAGUUAUUCAGCCAUGAAUUGGUUAACUAGUCUUGCUCUUGCAGUUCUACUGCUCUCAGUUCAGUACGAUGCGGCGCAAAGCGUUUCAUCUGCUACGUCGAGAAGCCCUUGGGCCGAUCCAGCCAAAGCAGGAUCAAUCAUGAACUGUCUGACCAACAAAAUCGCCAGCUCAAAUGUCUUGCCUCAACAAGAAAAAGAAGACUUGGAAUCCAUUAUGGACACACUGAUGUCUGCAAUAAAAGGGGCGAGUGCCAAAGGUAAAAGCUCUGCAGCGCAGUUGAAGGCGAUUAAUAUGGCAGUUGCUUCUUCCCUAGCAGAAAUAGUCGUUGCCGAAGACGUAGGCAACCAGGCCAGCAUCGCAGUAAAGACGCAGGCCCUAACAGGUGCACUGGGACAAUGUUUCCAAGCAGUCAUGGGCACGGUGGAUAGAAAAUUCAUCAACGAAAUAAAUGACUUGAUAAGAAUGUUUGCAAGUAAAUCAAACAGCGAUACCAACGAAAUACCAGAUCAAGGUGCUUCAUAUGGAGCCAGUUCAUCAGCAUCCUCAACGUUUCAAAAAACAGACCAGAACUACCAAGCCUCAUCUAGAAAUUCGGGAUCUCAAUUUUCACAAGCUGCGGGAUCUCAAUACAGCAGGGGAGGUGAGUCUUCCUACAACAGGGAAAAGCAGUUUGCUUCAAAUACAGGACAAACCACUUUCGGACAAACUUCUACAGGAGGACAAAUUUCUUCCAGUCAAGCAGGUGGUUCGUCCAACAGUUACUAUCAGAGAGCAGCUUCUACUACCAGCGGUGCUGAAACCAGCUACACAGGAGCACAGUCCGGAUCCGUUUCAAGGCAAUCCUCUUUCGGUCAAACGGAAUCUUCAGGCUACAGUGGAUCUACAGGCUACACAGGAGCACAGUCAGGAUCCGUUUCGAGGCAAUCCUCUUUCGGUCAAGCGUCAGGCUUUAGCGGAUCGGCUGGCGAACAAGGCGGUUUCAGUCGAACAGCGGGAGUGUCAUCCGGCCUUGUCAACAGAGUAGCCAACGCACUUGCCAAUUCGUCAACAAUGAGAGCUGUUCUCAGAAGAGGUGUAUCCCAACAGAUUGCCUCCAACGUGGCACAGAGAGCCGCUGAAUCAUUGGCCCGCACUAUCGGCGUCGACGGAAAUAACCUCUCCAGAUUAGCGUCACAAGCCAUCUAUCAAGUGCCCGCGGGUUCUGACACUUCUGCUUACGCUCGAGCAUUCUCUAGUGCGUUGUUCAAUGCUGGAGUCCUCAACGAAAGCAACUUUGACACUUUGGGAUCCCGAGUCUUGUCAGCAGUUUUGCAAGGAGUAUCACGUGCGGGAGAAGGCCUUGGCAUCAAUGUAGACACCAGCAGUAUAGAAAAUGACAUUAGUUCCAGCACUCUCUUCCUCUCUUCCAGCUCUUCGUCCAACAGUUACUCCCAGAGAGCAGCUUCUACUACCAGCGGUGCUGAAACCAGCUACACAGGAGCACAGUCCGGAUCCGUUUCAAGGCAAUCCUCUUUCGGUCAAACGGAAUCUUCAGGCUCCAGUGGAUCUACAGGCUACACAGGAGCACAGUCAGGAUCCGUUUCAAGACAAUCCUCUUUCGGUCAAACGGAAUCUUCAGGCUCCAGUGGAUCUACAGGCUACACAGGAGCACAGUCAGGAUCCGUUUCAAUGCAAUCCUCUUUCGGUCAAGCGUCAGGCUUUAGCGGAUCAGCUGGCGAACAAGGCGGUUUCAGUCGAACAGCGGGAGCGACAUCCGGCCUUGUCAACAGAGUAGCCAACGCACUUGCCAAUUCGUCAACAAUGAGAGCUGUUCUCAGAAGAGGUGUAUCCCAACAGAUUGCCUCCAACGUGGCACAGAGAGCCGCUGAAUCGUUGGCCCGAAAUAUCGGCGUAGACGGAAAUAACCUCUCCAGAUUAGCGUCACAAGCCAUCUAUCAAGUGCCCGCGGGUUCUGACACUUCUGCUUACGCUCGAGCAUUCUCUAGUGCGUUGUUCAAUGCUGGAGUCCUCAAUGAAAGCAACUUUGACACUUUGGGAUCCCGAGUCCUGUCAGCAGUUUUGCAAGGAGUAUCACGUGCGGGAGAAGGCCUUGGCAUCAAUGUAGACACCAGCAGUGUAGAAAAUGACAUUAGUUCCAGCACUCGCUUCCUCUCUUCCAGCUCUUCGUCCAACAGUUACUCUCAGAGAGCAGCUUCUACUACCAGCGGUGCUGAAACCAGCUACACAGGAGCACAUGGAUCUACAGGCUACACAGGAGCACAGUCAGGAUCCGUUUCAAGGCAAUCCUCUUUCGGUCAAGCGUCAGGCUUUAGCGGAUCAGCUGGCGAACAAGGCGGUUUCAGUCGAACAGCGGGAGCGACAUCCGGCCUUGUCAACAGAGUAGCCAACGCACUUGCCAAUUCGUCAACAAUGAGAGCUGUUCUCAGAAGAGGUGUAUCCCAACAGAUUGCCUCCAACGUGGCACAGAGAGCCGCUGAAUCGUUGGCCCGCACUAUCGGCGUCGACGGAAAUAACCUCUCCAGAUUAGCGUCACAAGCCAUCUAUCAAGUGCCCGCGGGUUCUGACACUUCUGCUUACGCUCGAGCAUUCUCUAGUGCGUUGUUCAAUGCUGGAGUCCUCAAUGAAAGCAACUUUGACACUUUGGGAUCCCGAGUCCUGUCAGCAGUUUUGCAAGGAGUAUCACGUGCGGGAGAAGGCCUUGGCAUCAAUGUAGACACCAGCACUGUAGAAAAUGACAUUAGUUCUAGCACUCGCUUCCUCUCUUCCAGCUCUUCGUCCAACAGUUACUCUCAGAGAGCAGCUUCUACUACCAGCGGUGCUGAAACCAGCUACACAGGAGCACAUGGAUCUACAGGCUACACAGGAGCACAGUCAGGAUCCGUUUCAAGGCAAUCCUCUUUCGGUCAAGCGUCAGGCUUUAGCGGAUCAGCUGGCGAACAAGGUGGUUUCAGUCGAACAGCGGGAGCGUCAUCCGGCCUUGUCAACAGAGUAGCCAACGCACUUGCCAAUUCGUCAACAAUGAGAGCUGUUCUCAGAAGAGGUGUAUCCCAACAGAUUGCCUCCAACGUGGCACAGAGAGCCGCUGAAUCGUUGGCCCGCACUAUCGGCGUCGACGGAAAUAACCUCUCCAGAUUAGCGUCACAAGCCAUCUAUCAAGUGCCCGCGGGUUCUGACACUUCUGCUUACGCUCGAGCAUUCUCUAGUGCGUUGUUCAAUGCUGGAGUCCUCAAUGAAAGCAACUUUGACACUUUGGGAUCCCGAGUCCUGUCAGCAGUUUUGCAAGGAGUAUCACGUGCGGGAGAAGGCCUUGGCAUCAAUGUAGACACCAGCACUGUAGAAAAUGACAUUAGUUCUAGCACUCGCUUCCUCUCUUCCAGCUCUUCGUCCAACAGUUACUCUCAGAGAGCAGCUUCUACUACCAGCGGUGCUGAAACCAGCUACACAGGAGCACAUGGAUCUACAGGCUACACAGGAGCACAGUCAGGAUCCGUUUCAAGGCAAUCCUCUUUCGGUCAAGCGUCAGGCUUUAGCGGAUCAGCUGGCGAACAAGGCGGUUUCAGUCGAACAGCGGGAGCAACAUCCGGCCUUGUCAACAGAGUAGCCAACGCACUUGCCAAUUCGUCAACAAUGAGAGCUGUUCUCAGAAGAGGUGUAUCCCAACAGAUUGCCUCCAACGUGGCACAGAGAGCCGCUGAAUCGUUGGCCCGAAAUAUCGGCGUAGACGGAAAUAUCCUCUCCAGAUUAGCGUCACAAGCCAUCUAUCAAGUGCCCGCGGGUUCUGACACUUCUGCUUACGCUCGAGCAUUCUCUAGUGCGUUGUUCAAUGCUGGAGUCCUCAAUGAAAGCAACUUUGACACUUUGGGAUCCCGAGUCCUGUCAGCAGUUUUGCAAGGAGUAUCACGUGCGGGAGAAGGCCUUGGCAUCAAUGUAGACACCAGCAGUGUAGAAAAUGACAUUAGUUCCAGCACUCGCUUCCUCUCUUCCAGCUCUUCGUCCAACAGUUACUCUCAGAGAGCAGCUUCUACUACCAGCGGUGCUGAAACCAGCUACACAGGAGCACAUGGAUCUACAGGCUACACAGGAGCACAGUCAGGAUCCGUUUCAAGGCAAUCCUCUUUCGGUCAAGCGUCAGGCUUUAGCGGAUCAGCUGGCGAACAAGGCGGUUUCAGUCGAACAGCGGGAGCGACAUCCGGCCUUGUCAACAGAGUAGCCAACGCACUUGCCAAUUCGUCAACAAUGAGAGCUGUUCUCAGAAGAGGUGUAUCCCAACAGAUUGCCUCCAACGUGGCACAGAGAGCCGCUGAAUCGUUGGCCCGCACUAUCGGCGUCGACGGAAAUAACCUCUCCAGAUUAGCGUCACAAGCCAUCUAUCAAGUGCCCGCGGGUUCUGACACUUCUGCUUACGCUCGAGCAUUCUCUAGUGCGUUGUUCAAUGCUGGAGUCCUCAAUGAAAGCAACUUUGACACUUUGGGAUCCCGAGUCCUGUCAGCAGUUUUGCAAGGAGUAUCACGUGCGGGAGAAGGCCUUGGCAUCAAUGUAGACACCAGUAGUGUAGAAAAUGACAUUAGUUCCAGCACUCUCUUCCUCUCUUCCAGCUCUUCGUCCAACAGUUACUCCCAGAGAGCAGCUUCUACUACCAGCGGUGCUGAAACCAGCUACACAGGAGCACAGUCCGGAUCCGUUUCAAGGCAAUCCUCUUUCGGUCAAACGGAAUCUUCAGGCUCCAGUGGAUCUACAGGCUACACAGGAGCACAGUCAGGAUCCGUUUCAAGGCAAUCCUCUUUCGGUCAAACGGAAUCUUCAGGCUCCAAUGGAUCUACAGGCUACACAGGAGUACAGUCAGGAUCCGUUUCAAGGCAAUUCUCUUCCGGUCAAGCGUCAGGCUUUAGCGGAUCAGCUGGCGAACAAGGCGGUUUCAGUCGAACAGCGGGAGCGUCAUCCGGCCUUGUCAACAGAGUAGCCAACGCACUUGCCAAUUCGUCAACAAUGAGAGCUGUUCUCAGAAGAGGUGUAUCCCAACAGAUUGCCUCCAACGUGGCACAGAGAGCCGCUGAAUCGUUGGCCCGCACUAUCGGCGUCGACGGAAAUAACCUCUCCAGAUUAGCGUCACAAGCCAUCUAUCAAGUGCCCGCGGGUUCUGACACUUCUGCUUACGCUCGAGCAUUCUCUAGUGCGUUGUUCAAUGCUGGAGUCCUCAAUGAAAGCAACUUUGACACUUUGGGAUCCCGAGUCCUGUCAGCAGUUUUGCAAGGAGUAUCAAGUGCGGGAGAAGGCCUUGGCAUCAAUGUAGACACCAGCAGUGUAGAAAAUGACAUUAGUUCCAGCACUCGCUUCCUCUCUUCCAGCUCUUCGUCCAACAGUUACUCUCAGAGAGCAGCUUCUACUACCAGCGGUGCUGAAACCAGCUACACAGGAGCACAGUCCGGAUCCGUUUCAAGGCAAUCCUCUUUCGGUCAAACGGAAUCUUCAGGCUCCAGUGGAUCUACAGGCUACACAGGAGCACAGUCAGGAUCCGUUUCAAGGCAAUCCUCUUUCGGUCAAGCGUCAGGCUUUAGCGGAUCAGCUGGCGAACAAGGUGGUUUCAGUCGAACAGCGGGAGCGUCAUCCGGCCUUGUCAACAGAGUAGCCAACGCACUUGCCAAUUCGUCAACAAUGAGAGCUGUUCUCAGAAGAGGUGUAUCCCAACAGAUUGCCUCCAACGUGGCACAGAGAGCCGCUGAAUCGUUGGCCCGCACUAUCGGCGUCGACGGAAAUAACCUCUCCAGAUUAGCGUCACAAGCCAUCUAUCAAGUGCCCGCGGGUUCCGACACUUCUGCUUACGCUCGAGCAUUCUCUAGUGCGUUGUUCAAAGCUGGAGUCCUCAAUGAAAGCAACUUUGACACUUUGGGAUCCCGAGUCCUGUCAGCAGUUUUGCAAGGAGUAUCACGUGCAGGAGAAGGCCUUGGCAUCAAUGUAGACACCAGCAGUGUAGAAAAUGACAUUAGUUCCAGCACUCGCUUCCUCUCUUCCAGCUCUUCGUCCAACAGAUACUCUCAGAGAGCAGCUUCUACUACCAGCGGUGCUGAAACCAGCUACACAGGAGCACAGUCCGGAUCCGUUUCAACGCAAUCCUCUUUCGGUCAAACGGAAUCUUCAGGCUCCAGUGGAUCUACAGGCUACACAGGAGCACAGUCAGGAUCCGUUUCAAGGCAAUCCUCUUUCGGUCAAGCGUCAGGCUUUAGCGGAUCAGCUGGCGAACAAGGCGGUUUCAGUCGAACAGCGGGAGCGUCAUCCGGCCUUGUCAACAGAGUAGCCAACGCACUUGCCAAUUCGUCAACAAUGAGAGCUGUUCUCAGAAGAGGUGUAUCCCAACAGAUUGCCUCCAACGUGGCACAGAGAGCCGCUGAAUCGUUGGCCCGCACUAUCGGCGUCGACGGAAAUAACCUCUCCAGAUUAGCGUCACAAGCCAUCUAUCAAGUGCCCGCGGGUUCUGACACUUCUGCUUACGCUCGAGCAUUCUCUAGUGCGUUGUUCAAUGCUGGAGUCCUCAAUGAAAGCAACUUUGACACUUUGGGAUCCCGAGUCCUGUCAGCAGUUUUGCAAGGAGUAUCACGUGCGGGAGAAGGCCUUGGCAUCAAUGUAGACACCAGCAGUGUAGAAAAUGACAUUAGUUCCAGCACUCGCUUCCUCUCUUCCAGCUCUUCGUCCAACAGUUACUCUCAGAGAGCAGCUUCUACUACCAGCGGUGCUGAAACCAGCUACACAGGAGCACAUGGAUCUACAGGCUACACAGGAGCACAGUCAGGAUCCGUUUCAAGGCAAUCCUCUUUCGGUCAAGCGUCAGGCUUUAGCGGAUCAGCUGGCGAACAAGGCGGUUUCAGUCGAACAGCGGGAGCGUCAUCCGGCCUUGUCAACAGAGUAGCCAACGCACUUGCCAAUUCGUCAACAAUGAGAGCUGUUCUCAGAAGAGGUGUAUCCCAACAGAUUGCCUCCAACGUGGCACAGAGAGCCGCUGAAUCGUUGGCCCGCACUAUCGGCGUCGACGGAAAUAACCUCUCCAGAUUAGCGUCACAAGCCAUCUAUCAAGUGCCCGCGGGUUCUGACACUUCUGCUUACGCUCGAGCAUUCUCUAGUGCGUUGUUCAAUGCUGGAGUCCUCAAUGAAAGCAACUUUGACACUUUGGGAUCCCGAGUCCUGUCAGCAAUUUUGCAAGGAGUAUCACGUGCGGGAGAAGGCCUUGGCAUCAAUGUAGACACCAGCAGUGUAGAAAAUGACAUUAGUUCCAGCACUCGCUUCCUCUCUUCCAGCUCUUCGUCCAACAGUUACUCUCAGAGAGCAGCUUCUACUACCAGCGGUGCUGAAACCAGCUACACAGGAGCACAGUCCGGAUCUGUUUCAAGGCAAUCCUCUUUCGGUCAAACGGAAUCUUCAGGCUCCAGUAGAUCUACAGGCUACACAGGAGCACAGUCCGGAUCCGUUUCAAGGCAAUCCUCUUUCGGUCAAACGGAAUCUUCAGGCUCCAGUGGAUCUACAGGCUACACAGGAGCACAGUCCGGAUCCGUUUCAAGGCAAUCCUCUUUCGGUCAAUCGUCAGGCUUUAGAGGAUCAGCUCAAGAACAAGAUGGUUUUAGUCGAACAACUGCAGCGUCAUCCGGAUCCGUGUCAGGACAAAGAAGUGUCGGUCAAACGUCUGGGUUUUCCGCAUCUACUGAAAGCCAAGGUGUUUUCGGUCAAUCUAGUGGAUCGGCAUCUCGACUUGCUUUUGGAGCUGGACAAUCGGCUGGAGCAGCUCUCACAGGUGCUCUUAAUUCACCAAUUGGAUUAAGAUCUGGGUCUGCUGCUUCUAGAAUUAAUCAACUAACAUCAUCUCUAACGAAUUCAAUUGGCCCCAAUGGAGUUGAUACCAAUGCUCUUGCCCGUAGUCUUCAAUCAAGUUUCUCAAAUCUUAGAAGCUCCGGCAUGUCUUCAAGUGAUGCUAAAAUUGAAGUUUUAUUAGAAAGCAUUGUUGGUCUGCUUCAACUUUUGAGCAACACGCAGAUUCGAGGAGUGAACCCUGCAACGGCGUCUUCUGUAGCCAAUUCUGCUGCCAGGUCGUUUGAAUUAGUUUUAGCUUAAAAUUUAUUGAUAUUUUACUUGGUGUAAAAAGUUGCAUUUUGGAAUAAAAGAUGUAAUUGAAUUUUCAUAUUAAAAUCAUUAAAAGCAUUUUGAAAAAGAAA